UAAUGCGUCUUAAAUUAUUUUUUGGCUAAUAGACAAAAAAUUAAUCUACUUUAAGUCAUCAGAUAGCCCUUAAAUUUAAUUCGUAAUUCGCAAUUGUUCUUAAAUUCGCAUAUCACGUGAUGAAUCCGAUAUAUAAACCAGAUCAGUAAGAUUAGGUUGUUCGAACAUACUCAAAUUCUAAACAAAAACCAGAUGAUUUUGACAUGUGGUUCUAGUCAAGUCUAAAAAAUAUAAACAUCCCGUGGCCUGUAGCAAAAAUAAAUAGGGACACCCAAGAACAAAGAAAAAAAAAUCACCAAUAGCUUUAAAAUCUUUCCUGAAUUAUUAUUCACAUACUCGUUGAAGCUUGUAGUAGACCAACUUAAAAUGGGUAAAGUAUUCCUUGAGCAUAUGGGAGGAACCCGUUUGUUUUCAUGUGCAGCAUGCCACACCAAUUUAACAAACAGAACUGAAUUAAUAAGCACCAGAUUCACUGGAGCUACAGGGAGAGCUUAUUUGUUUAACAGAGUUGUUAACCUUACUUAUAGUGAGGUCCAAGAUAGAGUCAUGCUUACUGGGCGUCACAUGGUGCGAGAUGUAUCUUGCAAACAAUGUGACUCUAAGCUCGGCUGGAUGUAUGAGUUUGCCACAGAAGACAAUCAGAAAUAUAAAGAGGGUCGAGUUAUUUUGGAAAGGGCCCUGGUAACUGAGAGUGAUGGGAUGGAUGAACGUUCAUAUCAUGAACGUAGACAGAAUAAUUAGGUUUUAAGUAAUAGGCAGAAAGUAAUUACAUUACAGUGUUUCUUGUAAACCUUCCACUAUCUUUAACGAUUGUAGAUUGAAGUGGAUAUAGGAAUUGUUUUGAAAAGAAUAUUUACUCAGAGAUUUGCUUAUUGGGCCUGUUAUAUGAGGGAUUUGAAUUUGUGAGGUAUAUUGGUCAUGAUAUUUGUAGGAAAAACUUAUAUAAUCUUAAGUAUAGGAUGACUGAUAAAUGUUUUUAUAAGCUAAAGCUAUUAAAUUUAUAUCGUAAAGAAUGAAUUAGGUUCUCUAUUGUGGCGUACAAUUUCAAUCAUUAUUUCAUAACUUUUAUAUUUGGGUCUAAUUGCAAUAUGUGUGUUAAUAUGUUUGGUGAUAAUUAAUGGAUUAUAAAAAUUACAUCAUUUUGCAGUUUGAAUUGAAAAUAAUGUGACUAAACCAUAAAUUGUGCAAUUGUGAUAUAGGUUGUUAGAAAUUUUUAAAAUUUUUAAAAAUUUAAUUAGAACUUCAUUUUAAGUUAUAAAUUUGUGAUACUUUUUCGCUUUUUGGCCCAAGGUUUUGAUGUUUUUUAUUAUGAUUGGUGGUGUGAAAAUUUAAUAUCAGGUUUCUAGCUUUUUCUCACUGUUUCUUACUUUUUCCUUGCUUAUAUUGUGUUUUCUUCUAUUGAUAAUGCCGUCCCUUCUUAAAGUAAAAAAGCCUCUUAUUAACUAUGCACUUACUAAGAUUUCAAAUAUUUGCUGUCUCAAAAGAUCACCAUCAGGACUGAUUGGUAAGUUUAUGUUUCAAACAUAAUUUUUAGCUUCUAAUCAAUUUCUUAUAUACAUCUGUUAUACCUAAGAAAUUUUAUAAAUUAAAUAGUUAUGCUCGAUAUACAACUUAUAAUAGCCAAAAUGUAGGAUGUAGGAUAAUUUAAUAACUGACGAGUAAGUGUUUUGUAACUUUUUUAAUUUGAUAAUACUUAUGAAUAUGGGUACUUAUAAUAAAAAUACAAUAUACUAUUUAAAAUGA